AUUCAUUUAGGCUCUCCCUUGUAGUGUUUCUCUCAUGGGGAAGUCUUCUUCCCUCUGCUACAAGCUCUCUGAGUACCGGUUCUCAACAUCUUUUAAAGGAUCCUUCUUCUUCUUACCCUUGAGUUUGGCAAUUUCCACAUUUCUUCUCAUUUUCAUAUACAUAUGUACAACCUCAAAAGUGUUCACUAGUCCAGAAAGUAAUCUUUAUCAAGUGUCUGCACCAAUUUCUUCUUUAAUCCAGCAAAUGAUCCCCGCUUCCCUUGAAAAUGCAGCUGAUGACUUUUUCUUUGAUUCAGCAAGAUCUUUUCACUUUGCAAGUGGUAAUCAGUGGUCUAUAGGAAAUCUGUUUGGGAUAUACGGAAAUAAUUUGAAUAGCACAGAGGUAUACCAUGAUAGGGAUUUCUUUCUUCAAGACUACAAGGGAAUGAAUAUGAGCUUUAAGAUAUAUGUUUACCCUUACAGCAGAGAUGAUCCCUUUGCAAAUGUACUUCUACCUGUGGAUUAUGACCCCAAGGGUCAUUAUGCCAGUGAACUCUACUUCAAGAAGAUUCUUAUGAAAAGCCACUUCAUAACAAAAAAUCCAAGUGAAGCAGAUCUUUUCUUCAUGCCUUUCUCAAUUGUAGAAAUGCGGCACGACCCCAGAAUUGGUCCAGAAGGAAUGCAAGAUUUCAUUAGAGAUUACAUUUUCAACAUCAGUAACAAGUAUCCGUACUGGAACAGGACAGGCGGCGCUGAUCAUUUCUACGUUGCUUGCCAUUCCAUUGGAAGAUAUGCCAUGGAUAAAGUAGUUGAAGCUAAGUUCAGCGCCAUUCAGGUUGUUUGCUCUUCAUCAUAUUUUAUAACAGGAUACAUUCCUCACAAGGAUGCAUCUAUGCCUCAAAUUUGGCCUAGAAAAGAAAAUCCCCCAAACCUUGCUUCCACAAAAAGAAAGCAGCUGGCAUUCUUUGCUGGAGCAAUAAAUUCCCCAGUCCGUGUAGCUCUGCUCCACAUAUGGGGAAAUGACACUGAAAUUUUCGCACACUUUGGCCGCCUCCAAACAUCUGUUGCUGACCAACUCCUCAGGAGCAAGUUCUGCCUUCAUGUCAAAGGCUUUGAAGUAAACACAGCACGUAUUUCAGAUGCAAUAAAUUAUGGUUGUGUUCCAGUGAUUCUUGCCAAUCACUAUGAUCUCCCAUUUGCAGACAUACUGAGUUGGGAGAGUUUCUCAGUGGUGGUUCACUAUGCAGACAUCCCUGUAUUGAAGAAUAUACUUCAAAGGAUAAGCUUAGAAGAAUACUCCUUACUGCAAAGUAACGUGCUAAAAGUGCGUGAACAUUUCCGGUGGAAUGAUCCUCCAACCGAUUAUGAUGCUUUUUACAUGACCAUGUACGAGUUAUGGCUGCGCCGCAGUUCUCUGAGGGUCCGGUUGAGUACUUUUCUGGAAUAAUAUGUUAAGCGUCAGAGUUCUUUGAGACGUCCAAGAGACAUUGAGGAUUCAUUGUUUCCCUUUCCUAGUUUAUAUUGAUUUAUUUCACAUUUGUUACAUACUAGAGAUUUGAUCAAUCAUAGAGACAUCGGUCACCCUGGAAUCUAC